AUGAGAAGAAGAUAUGUUGGUAGUUCAAGAUUUCCAAGCUCAGAUAAUCCAAGAUUAUCUGGAGUCCCUUCUUCCGGUAAUACCAAAUAUAAUGGGGCCCGGAAACAAAAUACAGGAUCCUCCACAGGAAAAUGUUACAAUGUACCUUAUUCUGCUGCUGAUAGUGAUGGACCGCAAAAGGAAUAUAGUCAUAUCAUAGAAAACGAUGAAGCGCGAGGCAAUGGAGAGUCAUCUGAUGGCUUAAAGCAGAAAGUUAAAUCAAACAAGCUCGGAACAAUGGCUGGAGUCACGAUGCCAACGAUAUUGAAUGUUCUUUCCAUCUUGAUGUUUGUCCGUUUUGGUUUCGUCUUGGGACAAAUGGGAUUUAUGGGCACCCUUCUUCUUUUGGGUAUGAGUUAUGGUAUUGAUCUUUUAACUACGAUGAGUGUCAGUGCAAUUGCUACGAAUGGAAUUGUGAAGGGAGGAGGAGCUUAUUAUAUGAUUAGCCGAAGCUUAGGCGUGGAGUUCGGUGGUGCAAUCGGAAUUAUAUUAUACAUCGGACAAAUUUUGAACGCUGCUUUGAACGUUGCUGGUCUUAUCGAGCCAUUACUAUACAAUUUUGGCUUUUACGGUGGUGUUAUGGCAGAAUGGCUUCCAACUAGUUCGAACUGGCAGUUAUUAUACGCAACCAUAGUUCUUGGAAUAUGCACAUUCAUCUCUUUGAUUGGAGCUGGUGCCAUGUCUCGUUGUGGUGGAUUAUUUUGCCUUGUGCUUCUAAUUGCUACGAUAUCUGUCCCAAUUUCUUCUCUAAUAGUGAAGCCAUUCGGUAUUCCAAAUCUAGGCACAGAGUACACAGGCCUAUCAUGGUCCACAUUCAAAGAGAAUAUGUGGCCCCAUUAUACUAUUGGUGCUGCUGGAUCUCAAAUUUCUACGAUUGAAAGCUUCAAUGAUGUUUUUGGAGUGUUCUUCCCGGCUACAGCUGGUAUAUUAGCUGGCUCGGCCAUGAGCGAGGACCUUAAAAAUCCAUCAAAAUCCAUUCCAAAAGGAACUUUACAAGGUAUAGUUGUUACUGUUAUUUGUUACUUUCUUGUGAUAUGUUCCAUGAGUGCUUCCAUACCAAGAAAGUUGCUUUAUCGGGAUUCCCAAGUGAUCCAAACUGUCGGAGUCUCAUCGACACUUAUUAUUAUGGGUGAAACUGCCACUGCACUCUUUUCCGUUAUUGUUGGUAUUGUUGGGGCUUCGCAGUUGUUGCAGGCUGUUGCCAAAGAUGAUAUAUUUCCUGGACUUUAUCGCGUGUUUGCGUUAGAAGAUGAUGAUAAAAAUGAUGGUAAAUGUGGUUCCUCUGCAUCCGCAGCAUUCGCAACCGGUAAUGCUUCCAACAGAUAUCAGCAAUUAUCUGCAGAAGAGUCUGAUGGUAAAGCUAGAUUUUUAUCCAACAAUGCUGCUAAGGAUAACAAUAAGCUAACUCCAGGUUUCGCAUACCGUUCUUCUCGCCAUAAUAAUCAGUAUCAUCAUCACCAUCAUGAAAUUCAUCCUGUUAAGCGUUCUUGUGGUAAGCCUUGGCAUGCUAUUGCUGUUUCAUGGUUGCUUUGCCAGUUGUGUUUGUUUGCUGAUGUGAAUCAGCUUGCCACCAUGAUCACGAUGACGUUUCUCAUGACAUUUAUUUCCAUUAAUGUCGCAUGUGGGUUGCUCAGGAUUGGAUCUGCGCCUAAUUUCCGUCCUAGCUUUCGCUUUUUCAACACGUACACGGCUAUUGCUGGAACAAUUGCAUCUGCUGCUGCUAUGUUUAUUGUUGAUGGAGUCUCUGCUUGCUUAAUAAUUACCUUUCUUGCAUUCUUAAUUGUUGUUAUUCAUUAUAUCUCUCCGCCUAAGCAAUGGGGUGAUGUCUCACAGUCCUUAAUAUAUCACCAGGUCCGGAAGUAUUUGUUGAAGCUUCGUCAAGAUAAUGUCAAAUAUUGGAGGCCGCAGAUUCUUCUAUUGGUGGACAAUCCGAGAACAACUUGGAGACUCAUUAGUUUUUGCAAUCAUCUAAAAAAAGGAGGCUUGUACGUUCUUGGACACGUUAUGGUAGCCAGAAGAUUUCAACACCGAGUGGGUGAACUUAAUAAGGAAAGAGCGGCAUGGGAGAAAGUGAGGGAUUUAUCGCAUAUUAAGGCAUUCGUUCAGGUGUCAAUUGCACCAACAUUUUCAUGGGGAGUGCGCAAUGUCUUUUUAGGAUGCGGUCUUGGAGGUAUGAAGCCAAAUAUUACAAUCCUUGCCUUUUAUGAUUUAUCGCAUUAUAACAGAGAGCAGCUUCAUCUUCCUACCGGCCUGAAGUUUGAGAAUGGAACUUACCAAUAUAGCAGUCAAGUUAGCCUAGAUAUGGCCAAAAUUCCUACCGACAACUGCCCAUUAGAGCCAAAAAUACGACUUACUGAAUGGGUACAGACUCUAGAAGAUCUUUCAUUGCUGAAUAGUAAUUUGGCUGUUGCCAAGGGAUUUCCGAGAUUGCGAAUUCCAACAGAUCAGUCUCCUCCACUUUCUGAUGGAAGCAAAGAGCUGAUUGACCUAUAUCCAAUUCAAAUGGCUUCCAAGGUUACAGAUAAUAGUGGAGACAGAAACAUAUUAACGACAAACUUUGACACGUAUACGCUGAUUUUACAAUUGGGAGCUAUUCUCAGAACGGUUCCGGCAUGGCAUAAAACUCAUAAGCUUCGGGUUGUUGCGUUUGUUGAGUACGAGGAGGAUAUAUUAGAGGAGAAAAGACGUAUCAAGUCAUUGCUUGAAAUUUUAAGAAUAGAGGCUGAUGUAGUUGUGAAAUGUUUGGACAGCGGUGAACUUCUAACAUACAGAUACAUUGCGAAAGGUGAACCUAUUGAUGAUAGCAGCAUUGCAAAGAUGGUUGAUGAAGCUUUGAUCGGUGAUGUUUGGUGGAAGACGGUAAAACAAUUUCGCAAGGAAGAAAGAAAUAUGAAGAAGGAGAAUGGAACGCAGGGUGGGUCCGAAAAUACCGCCUCAAAUAUAAAAACAUCACUUACAUUGAGCGCAGAUAGUGGCGUUUCCAUAAAUCCUCGGGCAGUUCGUAAAAUUGAAAAGUCCAACAAGGGAAGAUACACAUUUUCGAAGAUGAACAAUUUAGGUGUCUCUCUUUCUAUGGUUGCAAAUAAGUUGCCAGUUGCUGAUAUUCAUCGAAUGACUGAAGAGGUCACAGAAGAUGAUUGGAGUUAUAGUCAUUCUAUGUCUGAUGUUGAUUCCAUGAUGUCUUAUGCAUCAAGUGUAUCUGCAUUCCCAAGUCCGUUUAUGCUACCAAAAUCUGCAAAUGUACCAUCCUCGGAGCAUAUUCCUCAGCUUAGUAUAUCUAGUCAGAAGAGUACGAACUCCGUUACUGGGACUACAUCUGCAAAAUCAAAUACUAAUCCUUCACGAAAGUAUAUCAAUUCACGCCACCUGCGGAAGCCAAUAUUUGAUACCUUAAAAUCAGCACACACACUACGUAAGGAAAGAUCAUCAAUGAUGUUCACUGCAGACACUAUGCCAUCCUCACAGAUAUUAGAAAAUGCACAAGGAAAUGAGCCAUCAAUCAUAUUUGUUAAAGAGAAAAAGGAUAGGAAAAAGCAUGAGAAGAAAGAGAAAGAACCUCAGAAACCUUUGGAGUAUAAGGAUUCCGAGAGUCUAAGCUCAAUAAAUGAAGUGGAUAGCAAAAGCGACCAAAACAACAUCACUAGCGAUGCUAAUAGAACAAUAACUGAUGGUGACGCCAUGAAUUCAACAUUGUCUGUUACUGAAAACAAUUCUGAAGAUACAUCUAUCAAAUAUAGUGAUAAGAACAUGAACAUUCAGAAUCAACCAAAAACUGAUGAAAGCUCAAUAAGAGAUCUUGAUACAACUACGCAGUCUGACGAGACCGUUAUUGGGCCCUUGAGUAGAGGUGAUAAUGGAGCUGUCAAUAUUUCUGUAACCGAAAAGCAAGAUGAACCUUCCCUACCAUCUGGGGUAAUGAGCCCAGAAUCAUUAGAUGCAAAUGCAGUAUUGUCAUCUGCUUCAGUUAGAUCGUCAAUAUCGUCCUCUUCUUCUUCUUCUUCUUCGGCUUCAAGUUCUAUGACUUCGCUUUCAUUUAAUGAACUUCCAAAUAGGUGUCAAUUUCUGAUAUUGAAUGAGCUUAUGAGCAGAAUAUCGCAAGAUUCUUCGCUCAUCUUUUCAACUUUGCCAGUUCCUGACAUAGGACUGCAUGAAAGUGAGGAAGACUGUCUGGAUUAUGCAUGCAAUCUUGAGUUGUGGUUGAAUGGGCUACCUCCUGUUUUGCUAAUUAAUGCCCAAACCAUGACUGUGACAACAAAUCUUUAG